AUGGUCGACGCAUUACAAACUAUAAUUCGAGGUCAGAUGGGAGUUCAAUUUAAUAGUCUUCGUGCCGAUAAAUUAGAUCUUCGUCAAGUCCAUCCUAUAAUCAACAGACGUAUGCAACGAGGUGGUAAUGUUUCCAGAUUCCCCCCGCAAAUGUUAUUGAUAUCCGC